AUGGCCGACACUCGACUGGUCAGCUUUCUCUGCGCCAGUCCUUCGUUGUCCAUACUACAGGGGACCAACAGCCAUGUUGCUCUAAGGGUCAAUGCCGUUGGCUUGGCCACUAGAUUCGUGACGUUGGCUGACAUCUCACCUCUUCUGCUCAUUGUCGCCUUUGCCAUCAUCACGCUGAUACGACGCAGGGCUCGCAAGUACGCAUCCCAGACGCAGCAUUCCCGACCAUCCUUCCUCCACUAUUUCGCACCAUUCGUUACUCAGGACGACGUCCGCCAAUACAGGCUCGAGCUAUUACGGCAUGCCCAACAGCCCAUCAAUCAUCGAGACGGCCACAGCGACGGUAUCGCCGAAAUAGAUGUCGACUUGCAACACCACAGCACCCAAGGAUAUUCAAGACAACGUCGACGCAUUCGCCGACUCCUCUUCGUCUCAUUCUUUCAGGCCGCCGCAUCAACCGUGGCCGCUGGAUGGAACAUCGUAACCGCCCAGCAACCUGCAUGGCUCUCAUCUCUUUCUCGUGUCAGCGCCUGGAUCUUCAUCUUCUUUCGUCUCCUACUACAACCUCCGCAGACUCCAUCAUUCGACCUCGCAUCGCUUCUCUUUGCUCUCAAUCUAUUAGCACUCGUCGACCUCUCCUAUUACCUUCCAUUGGUUCAUACACGCCUAAACGCAGCUCACUUUGACGCACUCACCCUCAUCAGCGUCUUACUCGGCUUGCUCAACCUAGCUAUCUGCAUCUAUGCAGCCUCGAUCUGCCUUUGCAUGCCCGUCACUUCCGGUGGUUACGAGGCCGUCGUCGAUCUCGACCAACAUAUUCGACACAGGACAGCUGCUGCCCAUCACACGCCAUCUCAAGAUUACGAUAUGGCUUCCACCUAUCGUCUUUGUCCAACCUCCCCCGAAGACUAUUGCAGCCUCUACGAGAAUCUCUCGUAUUCCUGGAUGGCUCCCAUUCAGAAGCUUGCCCUUCAGCGUUCCCUCAAUCCAACCGAUGUUUGGCGCCUUCGCUCCAUCAAUGAUACCCGUCUUCUCUUUCGCAAAUUCAAAGCACUCGAACCGAAGCCUGCCUCACGAGACACCAACAAGCCGCGUCUCCUCUCGCGCAUCCUCCGCGCUAACGCAAACGACAUCCUUCUGGAUGCCUGUUUCAAACUCAUCAGCGUCAGCUUUGCUUACCUUGGCACAUACAUUCUCAAGAGCAUUCUUGAUGAAAUUCAGAUCGCUGCCACACAUCCCGAUCCUAGGCACAGUCCUCCUCCAUCAGAUGACAAGGAGUGGUCACCAAGCCAAAAAGCAUUCGUCUAUGCAUUCAUCGGCCUUUGUUUGACGGUCGUACGCUUCCUCGCCGAGCUUCAAAACUACCACCACGCACGUCAAGUUGGUCUUCGCCUCAGAUCUACCUUGGUCGUCUCUCUCUUCGAAAAGGCUCUCAAGAGACGCGACCUCAGUGGUCAGACCAAAGCACCGGCAUUGAGUACCACUGCAGCGCUAGUCACUUUGUCUACCGAGCAAGACUCUACAGGUCAUGAGACACCACUAUCCAUCGCCACAUCCUCCUCUCCGACUCUCGCUGGUUCUGAUGAUGCAAACGAUCGAUGCGGCAGCAGCAAUCAUCUCGUGAAUCACUCUCAGCAUCUGCGUCCGCCUUCAAGUGCAAGCGCCGACGGCCCUCCGUCCAGCACAGCCAAGUCGAAUCUGCGUCCAAAACGGUCCUGGACCGAUUCACUCCGAUCCGACACCCUCAAGAAGAUCUCUUUCGACUCGCUCAGGUCUCGCAUCAAAGACCAGGCGACUUCACGUCGCAGGAAGUGCGCCCAGAAUCUCAAGCAGCAAGAGGAAGAACAAGGUGCCGAUGUAGGGAAGAUUGUUAACAUGAUGGCAUCCGAUGUCAACAUCAUUCUGCGUAUGGGCUGCGAUCUCCAUCAGCUGUACGGUGCUCCACUCGAAGUCACCAUCGCCGCCAUCUUCCUGUAUAAACUUAUGGGCUGGAGUGCCCUUGUCGGCUUCGGCAUCCUUGUAGCGGCCAUCCCUGUCAACUAUGUAUGGGGCGAGAUCGCAGUCAAGAAGCAACGCGAGUACAGCUCGGCCCGAGACGGACGCAUGAGCCUCAUGACCGAGCUCAUCGAUGCUAUGCGCUUCGUCAAAAUUCAAGGGGUUGAGCCGCAAUGGGAACAACGUGUCACCUUCGCUCGUCGCAACGAGAUCCGAAAGCUCAUCUGGUCUCGUGUCAUGACCUUCCUCUUCGAGCUGCUGUGGACCGUCAUCCCAGUGUUAGUCACCCUCGUCAGCUUCUUUUUCUACGUCAAGGUAGCCAAAGAGGAACUCACAGUCUCGACUGCUUUCACUGCCAUCGCACUCUUCACCAUGAUACGAUCACCGCUCAAUGCCAUUCCUGGCUUCCUUAUGGGCGGUCUGAUCGCGAUGAUCAGCGUUCAGCGACUCGAGUCCUUCCUCAACGAACAAGAAGUUGACGAAGCUGUCAGCCAGCUGUCAAAACAGCGUCCGGCUGAAAUUCGAAACGUAUACAAAGACGAGGAUGACUCCGCUACUGGACAGAUGCAGCAAAACGGAGGUGCUGCUGACGCCGAUGAGCUCUCCCUCAAGGGUUGCGAUUUCUCCUGGCAUGGCAAAGAAACCACUAUGCAGCCUGCAUCGGAAGCUCAAUCUCAACCUGGGCUCCAUGUCGAGCAGAGCAACUUUCACCUCGACGACAUCAACGUCACGUUUCCACCCAAACAGCUGACCUUGAUCACUGGACCGACCGGCUCGGGUAAGAGCAGUCUGCUUGCGGCAAUCCUUGGGGAGAUGCUGCAGUCCGAACGCGGAGUAGUGGUACGCAACAAGUUCGAUCAGCAGGGCAACAGUCGAUUCAGCUUUGCCAGUCAGCUGCCGUGGCUUGAGUCUGGCAAAUCGGUGCGAGACAACAUACUCUUUGGCACUCCUUUUGACAAGGAAAGGUACGAUAUGUGCAUCUACGCAUGUGCUCUACAGGAUGACCUUGACUCCAUGGAUGACGGUGACCUGACCAGGAUUGGGUCACACACCGUGUCCGGAGGACAGAAGGCACGCAUCUCGUUAGCACGUGCUUUAUAUGCACGGUCGGACACUGUGCUUCUCGACGACGUUCUUUCGGCUGUCGACGCACGCGUGCAGAAUCACAUCGUCGAGCAUGCACUGCUAGGGCCGAUCGCAAAGGGGCGAAGGGUCAUCAUUGUAACCCAUCACGUCCAUCUUCUCAUCGACAGCGCUGCACUCGUGGUCGGUAUGCGUCAUGGCAAGAUCAGCCAUCAGAGCUCCCCAUCCGAUCUGCAAUCCCAGGGCGUGAUCCCCAGUUGGCAUGGUCGAGAAAGAGAACCUCCUAGUGGUCGAAAGGAAGAGAAGGGCGCCUCCAAUGAAGAAGGCGGUGCUCUUGCUUUGGGCUCAGCAUCGAACGCAGACACGUCGUCAGGCCUCAGACCAGAUGCCAUACCCAGCACAUCCAACGACGCCACCACCGAAGCAACUGCAUCCAAACGGCCUGUAGAACUUGCCUCGGGAGCUCGAACACCGCGCCUGCUGCAUCAGGAAGAGAAGCGCCGAGAAGGAGCUGUGAGCUGGAUCUUCUAUCGAAUCUACUUGCAGGCUUCUUCGCUCCGCCUUUGGGCUCUGUUGGUUCUGCUCUUGCUGCUAUUGCGCCUCUCAGAGUCGUUUGGCCAGUAUUGGCUCAAAGUUUGGGGUGAGGCCUACAAUAGUUACGAUUUUGAAUCAGUCACCGUGCUGUUAGCGUCACUACCUUCGAAGCUUCCAUUCGACCUUCCUCCCGCAGAUGGACAUGCCGGUUUCUACUUGACCGUCUACGGCCUCAGCGGCUUUGCUGUGAUCCUCUUCAACAGCUUUCGAGCGGUCUGCUUCUACAUCGCUUCGAUCCGCGCUUCUCAGAAUCUGUUCACAACGCUCCUGGCCAACGUGAUCCGCGCGCCGCUCCGAUGGUUCGAUAUUACACCUGCUGGCCGGAUCAUGAACAGGUUUGGCACUGACAUGGAUUGCAUCGACAACAUUCUGCCACAAUCGAUCAUGAAUCUCGGAAACAACGCCUUUUCAAUGGCCGCCUACUUCUUGAUCUGUGUCGUGAUCGUGCCUGCGUUCCUGCUGCCAACGGCAUUGCUUGUCGUGCUAGGUCCUUGGCUCGUACGCGGCUUCCUUGCUUGCACACGCGACAUGCAGAGAAUCGAAGCAACGUCGACCUCUCCGAUCUACGGACAUUUCCAACAGGCACUAUCUGGCAUCGUUACCAUUCGUGCAUUCGGAGCGGAGCCCAGGCUGCUCGAGUCGAUGCUCGACGCCGUGGAUCUGUACCAGUCUCUAUGGUGGGCUGUCUGUACCAUGGAGGUGUGGCUUAGCUUUCGAUCGCAGAUACUGGGAGGUGUGUCAGUUUUUGUUGUCACCCUGCUUGCUCUUUCUGGAGCCGUUUCACCAGGGUCAGCCGGUCUGGCACUUUCUUCAGCGCAGUUGCUGUGUCAGCUCGCUUACUACCUGGUGAACGACUUGAAAAACCUAGCCAACAGCUUCAAUUCGCUCGAGCGUGUUUCCGAGUAUCAACAGAUGCCGCGGGAAGAGAACGACGAUAUAGUAGCUCGCUACUCUGAAAUAGGAGCUCCAGCAGGCUGGCCUUCAGCCACUGGCCGCAUCGUCUUUGACAAGGUCAGAUUAAGGUACGCCGAAGAUCUGCCGGACGUGUUGAAGGGUGUCAGCUUCGAUGUCAAGCCCGGCGAAAAGGUCGGUAUCAUAGGCCGAACAGGGAGUGGAAAGAGCAGUCUUGCUUCCAGCCUUUUCCGUGCUGUCGAGCUGAGCGGCGGUAAGAUCAUGAUCGACGACAUCGACAUCAAGACGAUUCCACUUCAGCAGCUUCGAAGCCGUCUCAGCAUCGUCAUGCAAGACCCGGUACUCUUCUCCGGCACAGUGCGUGACAAUUUGGAUCCAUUCAACGAGCACGAUGACGCCGAAGUGCUUGAUGCACUCAGCAAGGUCGGACUGGCUGCGCCACUGAGCAUCUGCUGCGAUGACAAUGUUCAGGAGGAUGGACUCAUUGAUCUCUCGGACCCGAAGGCGGAUCCUGGUAACGAGACAAACAAGAAUUGUCGGCCCAAUAUGCGGCUCCGCCUUGACACACCUGUCUCUUCAGCGGGUGCCAACUUCUCUGCUGGUCAAGCUCAGCUUCUUUCUUUGGCUCGAUCAUUACUUCGUUCGACGCGAAUUCUCAUUCUUGACGAGGCCACGUCGUCCACUGAUAUGGACACGGACGCCAUGGUUCAGCGUGUCAUUCGCACAGCACUGAAAGAUUCGAUUGUCAUCUGCAUUGCUCAUCGUCUCAAGAGUGUCAUCGAUUACGACCGAGUCAUCGUCAUGCAAGACGGCAAAUUGGUCGAAUGCGGCAGUCCCAAAGAAUUAUUGUCGAAACCCGACUCAGAUCAAGGUGCCUACUUCAAGAAUCUUUGCAAACAUUCAGCAGAGUACAAGGAGCUCUCUGCCUCUGCAGGCCUUACAGCCUCGACGUAG